CUGGUCUUCUGGCAGCAGAACAUUCAUGAAGAGGAAUGUCCCAUGCCAGAGGUGGAAAAAGCAUGUCAAAAUGGUUAUUCUGUCCUGUUGGAUGACUGACAUCUGUUUCUUGCCAUGACCCAUCCUAUGUGGUGUGAGAUUGGUAUUGGAGUACUCUGCGAAUAUUAUGAGAAUGUUUCAUUAGAUGCUACACAAGGAUCCUGAAUUUAAUAGUUUUUCCUCUGACAAAGCUAAUUUGUUGCUUUUGGGCCAGAUGUCAAUGAACCUUGCAUUGUUGUUGAAAGUGCUGUCUCCAUUUCCCUGGCCUGGGUAGGUGAAUUCCUCAGGUUGCUUUGUGGCACGAACAUAAAGAUAGAUCCCGAUAACUUUAUUUUUAUACUAUUUCAGUGUGUGUAUGCCAACUCUUGAUGGACUUCCUGCUGGAUGAAAGAACCUCUACUAGCACAGCUGAGAUUAGACUGCCUGCUGUUGCUUUUUACAUACCCGUAUUGGCUCUGCUUUUCUUCAGCCAUCAACACAGAUGGGUUUUAAUGGAAAAGCUGAGCAGUAGAGACAUUGAGAUCCUAUCGAUCCUGCUGUUUUACAGAUACAAAACCAGAUAGGAGUUUAUAAUUGCAUGUGGAUGUGAGGGCUUUUAAAAUGACUGCCUAGGUUAACGUCUGUAUUUCACUUAUUUGGAUCUGCUAGUGCUUGUUGCAGAAGCUGAAAUGGAACAAAUCUUAAGAGCUGAGCAACAACACUGGCUGAGGGGAUGGAACCAACAAAAAAAAUAAUGAAUCAUGACAUAUGUUGUUACUUGUGUUUCCUAUAGCAUUUAAUUCAGUCUGACAUCUGUAUCCUUUGGAAAUGAUUCUUUCGCUGUCAAGGAGUCUGCUACAGUAGUAACUAUUCUGGACGAACCUUUAAAAUGCUUGUCAGGGUUAAAGCUCUAGAGGCAAGGUUUGAAGCUGAAGGUCUGGAAUCUACUUGGUUAGGUUAGGCAUAGCACUGCAAUCUAAUCCACUUUGAUUUCCCAUCUCCCUUCCAUUGCAUUUGUCCGCAGGGGAUGCAGUUGUGAUGCUGGGGACAGAGAAGUGAUUCAUGCUCUGUACUAACUGAAUUUUUGCCUAACAAACUAGCAGAGACAAGAUGUUCAGCUCUUGGAUAAGCCAAAUAUUUAACAAAAAAAGAGAGAGUGAGAAUGGAAGAAGGAUGCAUGUGUGUGUAUUGUUUGACUGCUGCCCCCCUGGGAUCCUUGAGAAGACAAGAUGUGCCUCUCAGAAGGCUAUCCCUCACUGAGCAGAAUCAUGGAAUGUAAGAGAGAAGAUGUCUUUUGGUGUGAUCCUUGGAGAACACAGAGUAAGAACAUUGUUGGCUGGAACUGGAGUGAGGAUGAAGAACUGUUGUUCCUGCAGAGGGAGCCUGCUUUGUCACUGUAAGAGCUUUUGUGCUCUGAAUGUGAAUACUGUCAGCAUCAAUAAGGCCAUUAACACACAGGAAGUGGCUGUCAAGGAGAAACACGCCAGAACAUGCAUCCUGGGAACCCACCACGAAAAAGGAGCUCAGACCUUCUGGUCUGUCGUGAAUCGGCUGCCCCUCUCCAGCAACGCUGUGCUCUGUUGGAAGUUCUGCCACGUGUUCCACAAGCUCCUCCGCGAUGGACACCCAAAUGUCCUGAAAGACUCUCUGAGGUACAAGAACGAGCUGAACGACAUGAGCAGGAUGUGGAGUCACCUGAGUGAGGGCUACGGGCACCUGUGCAGCAUCUACCUCAAACUGCUGAGAACCAAAAUGGAGUUCCAUACGAAAAACCCCCGGUUCCCAGGCAAUCUCCAGAUGUCUGACAGGCAGCUUGACGAGGCAGGAGAAAACGACGUUAAUAACUUCUUUCAGCUGACGGUGGAGAUGUUUGACUAUUUGGAGUGUGAGCUGAACCUGUUCCAGAUGGUAUUCAGCUCCUUGGACAUGUCUCGCUCCGUGUCGGUCACUGCUGCUGGCCAGUGCCGCUUGGCCCCACUGAUACAGGUGAUACUGGACUGCAGCCAUCUGUAUGACUACACUGUUAAACUCCUCUUCAAGCUGCACUCCUGCCUCCCCGCUGACACACUACAGGGCCACAGGGACCGUUUCCUGGAGCAGUUCAGAAAGCUGAAAGAUUUGUUCUAUCGCUCCAGCAACCUGCAGUACUUUAAACGGCUGAUUCAGAUCCCACAGCUCCCAGAGAAUCCUCCCAACUUUCUGCGGGCCUCGGCUCUGUCAGAGCACAUCAGUCCCGUGGUGGUCAUCCCGGCUGAGGCCUCGUCCCCAGACAGCGAGCCCAUCACCGAUCUAGUGGAGAUGGACACAGCAUCACAACAGAGCUUGUUCGACAAUAAGUUUGAUGACAUCUUUGGCAGUUCGUUCAGUAACGAUCCUUUCAACUUCAACAGUCAGAAUGGAAUGAACAAGGAUGACAAGGACCGGUUGAUCGAGCAGCUGUACCGUGAGAUCAGUGCACUGAAGGAGGAGCUGGAGAACUUCAAGGCAGAGAGCCAUCGCCUAGGUGUGCAGCUGAGGGGGCGGAUCAGCGAGCUGGAGGCGGAGCUGGCGGAGCAGCAGCACCUCAAACAGCAGGCCCUGGAUGACGGCGAUUUCCUGCGCACCGAGCUGGAGGAGCUGAAGAAGCAGUGGGAGGACACAGAGAAAGCACAGAGGAGCCUGACGGAGAUAGAGAGGAAGGCGCAGGCUAACGAGCAACGGUACACCAAGCUGAAGGAGAAGUACAGCGAGCUGGUGCAGAACCAUGCUGACCUGUUGCGCAAGAACGCAGAGGUUACCAAGCAGGUAACGGUAGCGAGACAGGCCCAAGGUGAUGUGGAGCAGGAGAAGAAAGAGUUAGAGGACUCCUUCCAGCGCAUGAGCGAGCAGGCCCAGAGGAAGACUCAGGAACAGGUAGAGGUCUUGGAAACCUUGAAGAGAGAGCUCACAGCCAGCAAGCAGGAGCAGCAGGCCCUCCAAAGCACUCUGAAAUCCAGUUUGCAGUCGGAGGCAGAGCGUAGCACCAGGACAGCGGGCUUGGAGCAGGAGAGGGACACCUUGGUGGUGGCAGUGGCCCAGCGCAGCCAGGAGGUGGUGGCGUUGCAGGCCGAGCUGCAGCAGCUAAAGGACACUCUGGACAGCGAGAAGGAGAGCAGCAGUAAAUCGCUGGAGACACUGCAGACCCGGCUGGGAGAGAAGGAGAGCCGUGAGCAGGCCCUUCAGCAGCGGCUCCUGGACGAGCAGUUUGUCUUGCUGCAGUGCACGGUGCAGGAGGCAGAGCAGAUAGUGCAGGACUCCCUGAACCGACUCGAUGACCCCACCCACAUCAGCUGCACGAGCUCCGCAGAUUAUCUCCUGAGCAGAACGUUGGCUGCCUCCGACUGCAUAGAGCGGCUUCAGGGCGUGCAUGGCAAAUACCUUUCCAACCGCUCAGAUGUAAGCAGCCUGCUGCCGUGCGUGGCCCUAUUUGCCCACCUCAUCAGUGACACCAUCUUGCAGGGCAGCGCCACCUCCCACAUGGUCCCUAUGGAGCCUGCUGACUUGCUGUCAGAGACGUGUAAGCAGUGCGGGAGCGAGGCCCUGCGCUACCUUGGUGCCCUGAAAGACGAGGCCUCCCUGGGGGGCGCUGACUGCACCGCCGUGAGAAACUGCCUGAGCCAAAUCAGCGCCAUCGGAGAGGAGCUUCGGCCCAAAGGCCUGGACGUUGAGCAGGAGGAGCUGGGGGACCUGGUGGACAAGGAGAUGGCAGCCACAUCAGCCGCUGUCGAGACAGCAGUUGCCAGGAUAGAGGAUAUGCUGAGCAAGUCUCGGGCUGGGGACACCGGGGUCAAGCUGGAGGUCAAUGAGAGGAUUCUGGGCUCCUGCACGGACCUGAUGCAGGCUAUCCAGGUGCUAGUCCUGGCUUCUAAGGACCUCCAGAGGGAGAUUGUGGAGAGCGGAAGGGGCGCAGCUUCCCCCAAGGAGUUCUACGCCAGGAAUUCCCGCUGGACGGAGGGCCUGAUCUCCGCCUCCAAAGCUGUGGGCUGGGGAGCCACCGUCAUGGUUGACGCCGCUGACCUGGUGGUGCAAGGGAAAGGCAAAUUCGAGGAGCUGAUGGUGUGUUCUCACGAGAUCGCAGCUAGCACUGCCCAGCUGGUGGCUGCCUCUAAGGUGAAAGCAGAUAAGGACAGUGCUAACCUGGCCAGGCUCCGGCAGGCAUCGCGAGGAGUCAACCAGGCCACCGCCGGGGUGGUGGCCUCCACCAAGUCAGGGAAAUCUCAGAUUGAGGAGAAAGACAGUAUGGACUUCUCCAGCAUGACCCUAACUCAGAUCAAGCGCCAGGAAAUGGACUCUCAGGUGCGAGUGUUGGAGCUGGAAAACCAGCUGCAGAAGGAGCGCCAGAAGCUGGGAGAACUCCGCAAGAAGCAUUAUAAGCUGGCAGGCGUGGCGGAGGGCUGGGAUGAGGACGCUGCAGAGUAGCUUCCCACGCCCGAAUCAGCGGCCGAUGGAUGCCCCUUCAGUUGGCCGGGACCCAGCUUGGUGCAGCUCUUUCUGAAGAUACAAAAUAAACCGGUGCAAAAUCCGACUUGAAGCACAUGUCCUCUGCGUUCCCAAGGACCCUCCUCCAGCGCACCCGGCCGGGCAGCCGCCCCACCCUCGACUGGGCAAGUAGAAAGUGCAGAGGCCUGAAGUGCCAGGAGCAAGGCUCCCGCAGCCACGGGACACAAGACUCUGCCCGCAUGUUUAGUGCAGCUGCUUUGGGGACCGCCUGUGGGUUCCGACUGUAACCCUUGGUUCAUUCUUUGCACAGACUCUGAACCGGUUCUGCCUCGGCAACGUGCCCUGGUGGCAGCAGCUCCCAUCUGGCUUUCUGACCCCACUGCUUCACCAGCCCCGUCAGUGCAGACGCUGGCCCGGUUCAGAGCCAGCGUCCCGCCAGACGGUGCCUGUGUCGCGCUGGGCAGGGCAUGGAAAUGCAACCAAGCCGGUUCUUCUGCUGGCGAGGCUGGGUGGGCUCUGGGCUCGGAGCUGGGCACACAGCCCUCCCCACCCCCACACUUCCUCUCCCACUUGCUGUUCUGAGCUGGCCCUGCGCAGCUCAGAGCCCGUGGGGGCGUGCUGCACCCGUGGGGUGGACGACGAGUGCCUUUCACUGCUGGAAGAGGGCCAGCGUGCCACAAUAACACCUCAUCCGCACGUGUCUUACUGCACUUCAAACGGGGCCGUCCCAGGGCAGCCAGCCUCCCGCGGCGGGGAGAUGCCAGCGGAGCCCCAGCACGCAGUCCGUGGGAGCCCUGGUCCCUUAAAGCCAUGUGUUAGACAGCCAGUGGGGGAUGGGGUGUGGAGGCACAAGACCCAGCCACUCCCCCAGGCUCCUGCAGGAAGAGAGCAGCGCCUGAGUUGCCACCCUGCUAUUCGCCGAGCCCUCUGUGCCUUGGGCUGACAGCGUGGGAGAGAGUCCAGUGAGCUCCUAGCCUGGUCCCGGGAGCUGAUCCAUCCCCACUCCAGAGCAGGGAGCUGUCCCAGCCUAGUGCCUGGAGCAGAUCACUGUGUUAGUGCCAGCAAUAAAUCACUGUCAAAGGUGCUCCUGCCGCUCCAUCACAGCCUCUGCCUUUGCCAGCAGGGAGUUACCUGGGCCGCCCCAGCGGGCAGUACGCGAAGCUGCCCCACUGGCUCUGAUCCCCGCCCAGUGGGAAGGGGACACUUGGACCCUGGCUCCAGCCAGCCUGCAAUAGGGCUCUUCAGGGCCCCCAGCUGCCAGGUCUGAGCAGCAUGGCUGGUACAGACUGCAGGCGUCUGGUGCUGGACUGACCCUCAGUGCCCUCCGCUUUAGCAAAAUGUAGCUGGGGGCUGCUACGGAGCAGAAAGCUGCUCUGGAAUUUGGAACAAGCAUGGUCCCCUUUGCUGCCUCUGUGCCCUCCAUGCUGGCACGUGGUUGGGCAUCUUCGGCGCACUGUGAGCCCGCCGGGGCAGCCCGUGGCCCAGAGAGCGGCUGUGGGGUUUGCUUGGGAAGCGAGGGAUGGGAGCGUAGCAGUGACCCCUGGGAACGCCUCUCUUCCCUUCUAGAUGGGGCAGAGGAGGCUGAAGGCGCUUGGUGGCCUGUGUCAUUUCACCCCUUUAGCAGCAGCGAAUCCAAAGGCAACCGGGGUAUCUUUUGGCUCCCAGGGAUCUAAGCUCCCCCCGCCCUGGGAGCCCAGCCAGCUGCUCAGAACGUGGCCACCCCGUCAUUUAGAUCCCCACCCUCCGUGCUCAGACAGCAGCAGCUGGGGACGGUGGGGAGCUGGGCUAGCAGUAACAAAACACUGUCCUGCUCUGCCUACGGGGAGGGGGCUUUCCGGUGCUGCCUCUCAGCCACUGCUGACAAAGCAGUCGGUGCUCCCUGCUGACACAGCCCGGCCAGUUCAUUUGCAUGAACUGCCCCAGUUUCAUCCCAUGGGAAUCCCACUGCAGUGCGAUGUGGAGGCAAAUUUGGCUUUGAGUGUGUGUGGCUGGUCCCCCUGCCAAGGCUAGAGUCUGCGGGUCAGUGCCUGAUGCAUGUGGCCAGUUCCCCUCCCCCUGCCAGGGUGAGGGGCUGCGGGUCAGUGCCUGGUGUGCGUGGCUGGUCCCCCUCCCCCUGCCAGGGCUAAGGGCUGCGGGUCCAUGCCCAGUCUCACAUGCCUCUGGCCGGGAUGGGGUUGCCACCUAGUUGGUCCCCAGUGUCUAAUUUGAAAACUAGCUGGUUCAAGCCGUGGCGAUAGUUGGGCCCGAUUCAGACCAGCUCCAUGGAAGCCAUUGCUGCCCCUGCCCGCCCACCCUGGGGGCUGAGUCUGUCCCCUUGAACUAUGGGAAGUGUCUGUUACCCUUGUCAGCAAUGGCUGCAGCCGGGCCCCGGGACAGGUCUAAGCCAGGGGCUUUGGGAGAGGCUCUCUUACGGCCUGGCAGGCGAAACCUGCUCCCAGCAAGGCUGGGUCAGGCCAGUCUGGCCAGUAACCCGCCUUUUCAGAUAGGACUGACGUUUGUCCCUCCCGCAGCUGUCAAUAACCCAGUCGCCACGGCACAGCCACCUCCAGCUAAGCUGACGGCCGUGGCCCAGCCCAAGCCAUAGCGGGACAAGCCGGGACAGCCCAGCCGCUGUCCACGGUGGUUCUGGCGCGUAGCACCAUGUGCCUCUCUGCGGCCCCAUCAUGUAGGAGAAAACAGAGCCCCGGCCUUCAGACAGGCAGCACAUGGGUCCAGGGUGUUCAUCACGAGGGCGCCCACGCGCCAUCGCCAGCCCUGGAUCUCUGACACUAAACACUGAACCUUGCUCCUGGCUGAGCCCAGGCGGCGCUCCCAGCCCCCUAGGACUUUGUGUCUGGUGCUUUCGCUGCCUCCGCAAGUCAGCGUGAUCCACCCCCAUUCCACGCCCGCCGCAGGCCAACAAACCAAAUACAGCCCCGGCUCCAAGGAGCACCCUUGGCCUGCAACUACCUCCAAAGCAAUAAGAGCAGCAGCAGGCACAGCGGGGGGGCGUGGCUUACACUCCCUCCCCCCAGUGCGGGGUCCCACCUGGGCGGCUCAACCCCAGCUACCUCAGCUCUCCGGGCUGCAGCCCGCCCGGGCUGGUGACACAGGGACAGAGCCAGGAGGAAGAGCAGGGACAGGGGGGUUGUCAGAGGAGAAGGAGGGAGGCUGAUGAAGGGGUUGGAGGGGGGGGCCGAUGGCGGGGUUCUGGGGGAUUGUGGAGGAGGGGGGCUGACAGGUUCUUGGCAGGACAGAGGUGGGUUCUCAGCAGGAUGGAGGUGGGGACUGACAAAGGGGUUCUGGGGGGCAGAGAUGGAGGGAGCUGAUGGAGUUCUCGGCGGGACAGGGGCAGGGUAGGCUGACAGGGAUCUCAGAUGAAUCUCGGGGAAAUCCAACAUUUGUUACCAUGUGAAGUGACUUUUCCUCAUUUCUUUUUUAACUGUCCCGAGCCUGGGUGACCGAGCGUCCCUGGGAGCAGGUCCCGGAAGCAGCUGAGCAGCUCACCGCACCGUCUGGCCCGCGCAGGGCCCCAGGCAGCCAGCUGUUUCCCACAGAGCUUUUAAUUAUUGUAUGUGGGGAGGGGGUUCAUCGUCUAAGGUGUUGACUGUGGUGUCUCAAUUUUUAAAUAAAUCUUUCAGCCCCGUG